CACCAGUGGAGCUUUUUUUCUAGAACAUUAGACCGAGUGACUGCCAGCUUCCUCAGACAGUACAAAACAAGGGCUGUAUUUGUGUCGACAAAACACCACUUGUGCUUGGAGUUGUUAUUUCUAAGUUUCCAGGAUUCUUCAAACUUUUCAAUGCUUUUAGGGCAAAAACUGUAGUUAUAUUGUCUAAUUUUCUUAAAGAUAAGCAUCAGCUUAUUGUUAUUUACUGCAGUUUUUAUUACUUAAGACUUUAAACUUUGUUUUAAACUUUUGUGAAAGAUUUGGUUUCUCUGGAGCCCUAAAAGAAGAUGCUGGACCCGCUGAUGGAGGCGCGUCGGACUGGGACUUUGAGGCCAUGUGUGGGCCGGGUGCCGUGGUUGCUGCGCUGGGUGCUCGGUAGUAUAUGCGUCCUCACCCUGAUAAACUCAGCCACCGUCCUGCUGCUCCUGUUCCAGAACAGACAACUGGGAAAGCGCAUGGCUCAGACAGAGGCUCGAGUAGAGGAGCUCUCCCAGAGCUCUGUGGUAGAGUUCAUGACAGAGAUGAGCAGAGAUCAGAAGGAGAUCCAGGAGGAGCUGUAUCAGUCCUCCCGGAAUAAAAGGAGUCAGGAGCUAAGGCAUGCUCAGAUGCUGACCCUGGAGAUGGAAGAGGGAUCAGGAGAGGAUCUGGGGAAGGAAAUUACAAAAGACCUUCAGCAGGAGCCAAGCCAUGAAAAGAAACAGAAGGGGCACCAGUAUCUCGCUAAGCCUCCCACCCAUCACAGGACAGGCAUACACGACAAUAUGAUGAUGAUGAUGACUUACUCCAUGGUUCCGGUUAAAAUCUUACUAGACAUCUGUAACAGCACAAAUGGAGUCUGUCUCACUGGACCUCCUGGACCCCCAGGUUUGCCAGGUGUAGAUGGAAUACCAGGAUAUAAUGGAACAAAUGGAAUUCCUGGUCUGCCAGGGGACACUGGAACACCUGGAAAACGAGGGAAAAGAGGCCCUCCUGGGGAGAAAGGGGACUCAGGUGAACCAGGGGAGAAAGGAAAUCCUGGACCACGUGGAUUAAAGGGAGAACCUUCAAAUGAUGUGAUUGUACAGGGACCACCUGGUCCAGUAGGGCCACCUGGAGCCCCAGGUCCCAUGGGCCCACCUGGACCACCUGGACUACCCAGGCUCGUGAGGAACAGAAGCCACCGAGCACAUCUAUACACUGGCCAGACAGCUGAAGGCUUCCUUCAUGGAGCUCCAAAUGAUGACACCACUAGGCCAGGAUCAGGAAGCAAGGCCUCAAAGAAUGAAUGUAUCAUCAGGUCAGUUGAGAACCCAAAAGAUCUGGCCAAAAUGACCAGCACGUUUGGCACAUGGAUGGAAGACACAGCAGCACCGCAUGAUAAAAGGAUCUGGGUGGCAGAACACUUCUCAGGUCGUAUUGUAAUGGAGUAUAAAGACAUGGCUGCAUUCCAGAACAGCACCAGUGAGUCCAUUGACGUGAGGAAGGUCUACCUAGGCUGCGGCCAUUUGGUCCACAAUGGCUCUUUUUACUACCAUAUUGCUGGGACAUACAAUAUUGCCAAAUUUAAUCUUCACACCAAGACCUUGCUUAUGCUGGCCGUAGAGAACGCGCUCUACCACAACCUGUCCUACCUGUUCAGGAAUUCAAAGACAUAUUUUAAAAUGGCAGCAGACGAAAGUCGUCUUUGGCUCAUCUUUGCCUCCAGCAUCCAUGAAAAUGUCAUGGUGGCACAACUUGAUGAAAAAACCUUCUCCAUCACAACAUACAUAAACACCACCUACCCCAGAAGCAAGGUUGGGAAUGGUUUUAUUGUCUGCGGCAUACUCUAUGUCACUGACACCAAAGACAUGAAAGUCACCAAUGCUUUUGACCUGUUGAAAAAAAAACCACUCAAUGUGAACUUUGAUAUGUGGUCCCCAGCAAGCAUCUUAGCAAUGCUUUCUUAUAAUCCCAAAGACAAACACUUGUAUGUUUGGGACAGUGGAUACGUUAAGUCAUAUGAACUGCGUUUCCUUUCGGAUGACUGAAUUGGUCAAACCUCCUAAUAUAAAUAACCACGGGGUGACAGCACUCUCUAAAACCAGCCUGGCUGGGUAAUCUCAGUGCUCAUUCCAGGGACACCAGAACAAUGCAUAUACAAGUGCUGGAUUACAGUCAAAUAUUGCUUCUUAAAGUAAACCAAGUUUAUUUUUAUUUUGUGGCAAAACAAAAUGAAAAUAUAAUAAAUCUCAAAUAUUAAAUAAUAUCUGAGUUCUCACUACCAUUAUUAGUUUCAUCUUGCAAGCUGAGCAAAUAACAGAAAACAUUAACAGUAAAUACAAUCAGAUUAAAAUCCAAACAGAGGGCCAGUGUUUGUUUUAAAUAACUUGUUUGUAUUGAUGUUUUUUAUUUGUAUAGAUACUAGAUAUUAUUCCCCUUGUGUACAAAAUAUAAGGGUAUGGAUUCAUGUUGAUAUGACUUAUGCAUUUUCUAAUGACUGACAGCGGAGAUUCUCCACAGAAUAAGUGAGGCAAGAUGUUUUUGUACCUGUAACCGGUUUUGUAACACAAUGUAUAUCCGUUAUUGAAUAUAUAUAUAUAUAUAUAUAUAUAUA